AUGUCCACCGGAACGGAAUCUAUGUGUUUGGCCUGUGGGGCCCAGCUGAGCUCUCCGGAUACCGACACCGAAAAUGUCGACAUAAAUGAAGAAUUCGGAGUCGAAGAUCCAGACAGCGAUGGAAAUACCCCUCUCCACAGGGCUGUUCAGAGUGGCUCCCAGGCAGGUACAUUGGCUUUGCUGAAACGAAAUCUGCCUGUCGAUCCUGUGAACAACUACAACCAAAACACUCCAUUGAUAGAUGCCUCAGUAGAAGGCCAUGAAGGAAUAGUGCUGAUACUUCUCCAUCACGGUGCCGACACCGAGUCUCGCAAUGCCCAUGGCAACACGCCGCUUCUGGUUGCAGCUUUUAACGGACACGAGAAGGUCGUUUCCAUACUUCUGAGCCACAAAGCGGAAGUCGAUUCACGCAAUAACUCGCAAAAUACUCCUCUUCAGCUAGCAGCCUUUGCAGGUUAUGAUAAAAUCGUUUCUAGACUUCUCGAGUCUGGCGCCGAGAUUGAUUCAUGCAAUAACGAGAAGAACACGUCUCUUCAGCUGGCAGCAUCUGCUGGGCAUGAUAGAGCUGCCUUUGUACUUUUGAGCCACAAAGCUGAAGUAGAUUCAUGCAACGAUACUGGGAACACAUCCCUCCAGUUGGCCUGCACCGAGGGGCAUGAGGAGGUUGCGCGGAUUCUUCUUCAACAUGGAGCAGGAGUCGACAGCUUCAACUAUGAUGGAUACACCCCGUUGCACUUUGCGGCCGAGAACGGUAAAGCAAGAAUCGUUGCACUCCUCUUAUCCAAACAUGCAGGGCACAGCAGAAUGGAUGAAAUAAGAAGAGUUCCGCUCCAUUUGGCAUGCAACAAAGGUUUUCGAGAUAUCGCAGAGAUGCUUUUGAAGGCCGGUGCCGAUGUCAAUGUGGAGACCGAUGGGAAAUGGACACCGUUGCAUUUCGCAUGUGCUAAAGAUAAAGAUCAAAAGGAUGGCGAGAUGAUUGAUGUUAUCAAAUUUCUCAUAGCCAAUGGAGCUCGAGUCAAUCAAGCCACGGAUACCGGCAUAACACCCCUUCACUUCGCGUGUACGUCUGUACAUCCCAGCGCCAUCGAAUAUCUUGUUCGCAAAGGGGCAAAUAUCCACCAACAAAAUGAUGAGGGAGAAUCGCCUUUUCAACUUGCACUUGAAGCGCCUUCUAUCAGGGAGUAUGAGCCCUUACUGUAUGAAAAAGCUGGACUUCUCCGCACAAAUGAAGAGGGAUGGUCGGUUCUCCACAAGGCCUGUUUUGAGAACACUCUUGAGAAAGUCGAAGCUCUGCUUAGUGAUGUUCGACUCGAUCCAUCAAUUCCUAAUGCUGCAGGUAAAAGCGCCCUAGGACUAGCGGUUGAUCAGGGUUAUCAAAGUCUUGCUCUCUGUCUACUGGGUUCAGAGCAAUAUUAUCCCGCAAGUCCGGUCAAAAGAUGUGGAUGUUUGACAUCGCGAACGGAGCUUUCCGACAUCGAGACAAAAUUGAGUCAAUACUACCGCGAUAGCACACUGUCGGACACGCAGCUCGGUUCCAUCGCGUAUUGGAUGAUCGCCAACAAGAGUGAGCGUUUUUUCGAAAAUCUUCCUCAGCCUGGGCUUCAUAAAUCACCCCACUACAAGGGAGGAAUGCAUGCGCUACAUAUAGCUGCGCAAUAUGGAAAUCUCAAUUUGAUUCAAGGGAAUCUCUCAGAUCUCAAUCCUGAUGACACGUCAGAGGAUGGAUCAACCGCCCUUCACGCCUCCGCGGCAUUUGGCCAUCGGGAGAUCACCGAAAUACUUUUGCACAGGAACCCGAUAUCUCACAACGGUCAGGUGGCGCUUAAAUUGAUUGUUGAUAGGAUUCUUCAACCUGACAAUCAAGGAGAGUCUCCAUUUUCACUGGCCGUGAAAGAAAAGCAUUAUUUGUUGCGAAAUUACUUUUGGGAUGAGCUUCGCAGGUACACAAUGAACAAAGACUUCCAACAGGCGGAUCCAGAUCGAGCGGAGAAAAUUCUGGAGCUUGCUUCUCGCUUUGAAAGGCCAGGAGAAGAAACAUAUCUUCUGGCGUUCCUGAAAAAGUGGUUUGGUGAGCCUAGUCCCGAAAUAUGCAACAAAAUAAAUUUGCAACCAAAGGAUUGGAAUGUACUUCACCAUGUGGUACAUCGUGGCGAAGUUGUUGCAUUAUGGUGGCUCCUCUCAAAUGGGGGCCAUUUUGAGAACCAAGAGAUAAAUUUUGCGCACCUAAUUCUUGAGGCUCGACAAAGCGGCGAAACCACGACUCUGAUGUCCGAACUGCUCCAAAGUCCGCCUAAAAUAAUUGAACAAGCAACUAUCACCGACAAUGACGACUUGACACGUCGUCCUCCAAUGCACUCGGGCUCCUCUCUGAACAAUUACCAAGUCACCAUCGUCGAUUUUUACACAAAGAAUGAUCAGGUCGACUUCCAAGUGAUUCAACGACCGCUUGAUCAUAUCAUCUACGAUCAAAACCUGGGCCCCAAUAAGUUAAUGGAAGAUGCUUUGAGUAAAGAUUAUCGCCAUCUGGAUUCUUUGAAGCAAAAGUUGAGGACGAGAGACUUUACUGCGGAAGCAAACAGUCGAUCUACCAAAGCAGCCAAAAAAGCAGACUUGGGAACUCUGGAGUUCCGCUGGCUGCACCUUCCUAUAAAUCAUGUACGAAUUCAAUAA